AACACAGACAUGCCUCCCCAAACAUCAGCUUCUCUGUGAAAGCCACCACAAUGGCAUCUUCCCUCCUUCCAAAAUGCUCCACCACCAUCUUCCUCUCUUGCUUCCUCUUCCUUCUUGCUGCUGCCGUGGAUGCCAAACUAGUUCAUAGUCAAAGAGUACUCCGCAGGCCGCUGAAGGAGAAGAUGUCCCACCUCCAUUUCUAUUUCCACGACAUCGUCAGUGGCCGGAACCCGACUGCCGUGACCGUCGCCGUAGCAAAGAACAGCACCUCGCUGACGGGCUUCGGGGAUAUUGUGAUGAUCGACGACCCCUUGACGGAUGGGCCGGAGUUGUCCUCUAAACUGGUGGGAAGAGCCCAGGGGCUGUACGCCUCGGCGGGGCUGCAGGACCUGAGCUUGCUGAUGGCAGUGAACUAUGUGUUCAUGGAGGGGAAGUACAAUGGCAGCAGCUUGAGCAUUCUGGGGAGGAACAUGGCGAUGCGGCCGGUGAGGGAGAUGGCGGUGGUCGGCGGCAGCGGUCUGUUCAGGAUGGCCCGUGGCUACGCCGUUGCGAGGACUCACUGGUUUGAUGCAAACACGGGAGACGCCACAGUAGAGUACAAUGUCUAUGUCGUCCAUUAUUAAUUAGAAGAAGCCAUGGCUGAUCACAUGGAAUCCUGAAUCCCAAAUAUAGCUCUUGUCAGUUGGGUCGCGUUUGUUGUUCUUUCUUAUGCCCAUUUUGCUUAUACAGUACCAAGUCUUUUAGCA